UUUCCUUAUUCAGCCUUUGAUAACUGGAAAGAAAAUAGAAAAUGGUGAUGUUUUCUUAAAUGCUUUAUGUUUUCUGUACAUGUAUAUAAUUUUUGGUUAAUAAAUUACAAUUGUUAUCUGACUGUUAUCAAUAAAAUUUUCUUUUUAAAUUAUGCAGAAAACAUUUUUAGUUCUGCUCAAAUUUUAUAUUUUUAAUGUGUUUUUGGUAUGACAUAUUUUGAAAAAUACAAUUUACCGAGCCAUUCACAUAGAAAUGUAUAUUUGGCAUGUUUGAAGGCAUAAUUUGGGAUGGUAAAACUUCUUUUUUUAAUCUUUAUGCAUUUUAGACUCAUAAAUAUGGACAAAUUUAUAAAAAGUUUCAGUUUGGAUGUUCUGAAAAUUAAUAGAAACAGCAUAUCGACAUUUAGUUCAACUAACUUGCUACAACGUCGAAUAGUUAUUCCAGUUUCAGUAUUGGGGUUAGUUUACCUUAUCUUUAUCAGGAGAGUAGGGUUUGAUCGUGGUUGCAAAUUUCGGGUGAAAAAUAAAGUAAAAGAAGAUGAAGAGUUUAGUGAUAGGGAGCAUCGAACUGUCACAAAGAAAUCUCCUUCAAUAUCUGGUUGGCUUUUCACGAAAAUCUACAAAGUCAUAUCUACCUCGGUUUUUGGAUCAGUUAUAUUACAAGCUCUUAAGAGGAAAUUUAAAAUGAACAUGUUAAGAACAUUGGAAAUCCCUGAAAGUCCAAUGUAUUACCCAAUUGUAAAUGGUGAAGAGGGUUUGUAUAUCAAAUCGGCUGUCUCAGAGGACGACUUAUGGCAUUUGGUUAAUGCAAGGACAUCUAUAAAACACUGCCACUUUACAACAUUAUAUGAUUUGGUGAAUCUAUACAGAGAAAAACGUUUGACACCAGUAGACGUAGCUAAACGUAUUAUUGCAGCCUUGAAGAAGAGUAAAAAACAAAAUCCUUCAGUAACUGCUUUUAUUGAAUAUUAUGAAGAACUGAUCAUGCAGCAAGCUGUUUUUUCCACUGAACGUUGGGAAGAUGGGAAACCUUUAUCUGUGUUUGAUGGCAUACCAGUUGGUGUAAAAGAUGAAUAUGCUGUGGCUGGUCAUCAUUGUCGUAAUGGUCUUCCGAUCAAGGAAUUAGACGUCAAAAUGUCAUCAAAGGAGGAGAGAGGACUGGUUAAACGACUACGGGAAGGAGGAGCCAUGAUCAUUGGGAUGACCAACAUGCAUCAGAUUGGUAUUGGUGUGUUUGGUAUCAAUCAGUCAAAAUAUCAUGGUACCACUCGCAAUCCUUACAAUGUUAAUCACAGUGCUGGAGGUAGUUCUGGAGGAUCAGCUGCUGCUAUCGCUGCAGGUUUGUGCACGAUAGCAUUGGGUACAGAUGGUGGUGGUUCGAUCAGACUUCCAGCAGCAGUUUGUGGUGUUGUUGGAUUAAAAGCAACUUAUACAAGAUAUUCCGAUGCUGGUGUAAGUCAAAAUGCUUCAACUGUCUCCCAUACAGGAGCACUGUGCGCAACUGUUAUGGAUGCAGCUAUCAGUUAUGGUUACUUAGCGGGUAAAGAUGAAGACUCUCCACUUGGUCUUUGUCAGCCUCCUGUAUAUCUUGGUGAUUUUUGUAGUACUGACCUGUCCGGUAUGAAGAUUGGUGUCGACUGGCAGUGGAUGGAUGUGUGUGAUCGUGAAAUCAACUCUGCAUGUUUGGAUCUGUUGGAAUGGUUGGAGAAAGAUUGUGGUGUGGAAAUCGUUUCUAUACACGUUCCUGAAAAAGAAGAGAUGUAUGUGGCUCACUCAAUGACCAUCCUCGCUGAAAUGGCCAGCGCCAAUCAAAGACUAUUUGAGAAACAUUUUGAUGAACUGAACGUGGACGUGCAAAGUAUGUUGUUAGCCGCUCGUUCAAUAGACGCGUAUGAUUAUUUGCAAGCGGCUAGACAAAGAAGGCGCUCUGUUAAUGCUUUAAAAUAUAUCUUCACAAAGGUAGAUGUCAUAUUUACCCCAGGGGUAACCGAAUUUCAACCCGUGGUUACAUCAUCUAUCGAGCGGUAUGGUUACACGAAUUAUGGGAAGAGUUUAUCCUUACUUCGCUAUCAUGGAAUGGCCAACCUGACGGGUAUUCCAGGUAUAUGCCAGCCGAUCGGCUAUUCGAAAGUCAACCUUCCCAUCUCAAUCCAGUGGAUGUCAUCGUGGUGGAGGGAGGAUAUUUUGUUCCGCAUUGCUUACGCAGUCGAGAAGCAUGUUGACAUAAAAAAAGCUGACGUUUAUUUUGAUAUUUCAUAGUGACAAACUUCUUUUCUUGUUUUCCUAGAAGCUGUAUUUUAUAAGUUUUCGUGUCACGUGGUGUUCAAAGUAUUCCUGGCCACAAUAUUCUUUUUCCAAGAUAAAGAGGUUUUUACAAAGGAAAUUUUUGCAGUGAAUUUAGAGAUUUGUUGACAAAAUGGAAAAAAUCAAAAAUAAAUAGAAGAUUUUACAGGAUCGAAUGUCAUUGAAAAAUAUGUUUUGGAAAGUGUUAUGAAAUGAUUUAAAAUAUAAAUAAAAAUAUUAGAUGAUCGGGCUAUUUUUUGACUAAUUUUUUAAUCUGAAAUGUAAUAUAUCUUUACCUGUACACCUUAUUAUAUUAAUUUUUUAUUGCAAUUAUAAUUGUCAAAAGAAAAUAUUUUUUAUCAUUACAUAAUGUCAUUUUUAUCGAUCUUUUGAGAUGGUGGAUGUUGAGAUUCUUACACUGCUUUCCAUAUUCUAUUUAGAAAGAAAUUUUACUUGCCGCUUACACGUUCCUUACGUUAUUUGUAAUAAUUUUUGCCCAAAAAAGCAAAAAAGUUAAUUGCAAUAUCAGCUGUAAGCGGGACACUUUCCCUUUACAAGUAACGUGUCUAUCUUUUGUCUAAAAUUCUAAAUUUCAGUUUUUACCUUGUACUUGUUCGCGAAAAUUUGUCUUUACGAAAAGGAGGCAUAAAACCCCAGUGAUUUAUAAACUUUAGCCUAAAUCGAGAAACAAGAUGAGAUAAAUGUCAGUAUUUUUUUUUUAGUUUUUAUUAUCUUCUGAUGUAAUAUAGAUGCUGUUUGUGAAGAAAAAUUCAAUUUACAAGGGACUACCAUGCCUUAUCACCACCAAAAUUUUUAUUCUUAACCAGGAAACUGUUGUCACAUCUGUUUAAAAAAUCGCUUUAGCUGGAACUAUAUCUCAUUUUCAACUAAACCCGACUUACAGGAGCUUCGCUUAACUCAAAAAUUCUUCGGUCCCCUUGGGGUUCUAGGUACCGGAAGUUAACUGUAGUUCAUUUUUUCGUUAUACUCAUGAAUUCGCGAAGGUUAAUUCUCAUGAAAAAUCUAAAAUUAGUUUAUAUUAAAAAUUUCACUAUUCUUUUGCCUCGCGAAAGUUUCUACCUUUAAGGUAAACAUAAAGUUUACAAGCAUAUGCAGGCUCAGAUUAAGGUGGUAGUAACACUUUUCUAGCUGUCCAAAUAGCUGAAUUAUUUACUCAGUGUUUUAUUUAUACCAUUUUUUUUUUUACUAUUUCGUAGAAAUAUAGGCCUUUAUACAUAAUAAAA